UGGCUGAUCAAUCGCGGAACGCAUCGAAUCGGAAGUGAAUACAUAUCUCGCAGCUAAGCAAUGCAUUGUAGACAUAUUUUAUUUUUGUUUGUUGGCCUAACAAUUGGCGGGAAAUGGGUGGCAGCUGAGAAAGCGAAACCCAUUACAGAAACUUGUCUGGUUUGCAUGUGUGAGGCUUUGAGUGGGUGCAAUGCCACCGCUGUGUGUGUGAAUGGGGCAUGCGGCAUCUUCAGGAUCACCUGGGAUCAGUGGGUGGAUUCGGGAAGGUUGACAAUAGAAGGCGAUUCGCCCUUGACGGAUAGCUCUUUUACCAACUGCGCCAACGAUCCUUAUUGUGCAGCGGACACUUUGCAGAGCUAUAUGGUCAAGUACGGACAAGAUUGUAACAAUGAUGAGAGGGAGGACUGCUACGAUUAUGGAGCCAUUCACUAUAUGGGUCCUUUCAAUUGCAAAGCGGAUAUGCCCUUUACCUACGGCAAUAUUUUCAAUCGCUGUUUGAGAAGCGCUAUUCGGGAUGGAAAGCCUCAGAAAUCAAACUAAAACCCCUUACCUAGUAAAUAGUAACGAACUUAUGAGGAAGAGUCGUCGUAAUUUAUGUGCGAAAAUUGCAUUGCUAAUAUAGGCUUUUAUUUUGAUUAAUAAACAAGUGGCUUUCAGCCAAGUAAGAUCA